ACUUCCACGGCAACUACACAUCCCUAGAAUUUGUACCUUCAUCGCGCAGGAUACAUUAUUCACAGUAGAGUUUACGAUUAUUCCUCUGCCAUAGUUUUAAAUUAUGUACCACGAAAAUUCCAUUAUAAAUUGCAUGAAAACUACCUGCCAUAUAGACAGGCCAGAGCAUAGCUGAUAUAGAUACGUGCAUGAAAGUAAGUAUCAGCUGUCAUCCAUUGGCCAAAACGGCUGGCCGUCAACCCAUCGGGUCCCUUGACCGACCACAAGCUAACAGCUGAUUGGUUAUAAAUAGUGCAGCACGUGGAGGUAGGACGGCGUGAGCAGUGUCGUCUGCUCGCCAGAUUGAGUUCGGCUGCUGGAGAGGAUAUCGUGCGAACUCUGACGCCCAGGUACUAUGUAACUUCGUCCAGUGUCUUGGGUUGCUGAUCUACCUGCCAUGAGGACAGGGUAAACACAUCAGUGAUAUAAAACAAUCAACAAACGAAACAUGAAGAACGGAAUGACUUCUAAAGGCGAGAACGCUGCUGAGCCUAAGCAGCAGGGUGGCUCGGCGCCAGAGACGAACCAGUCUGACGACCAUGAUGACAUUAUACCAGACGGAGGCUGGGGGUGGGUGGUGUGCUUUGCCUCUUUCAUGAUAAACUUUAUUCUGGAUGGAACAAUGUUUUCGUUCGGGGUUAUAAUGCUGGAACUCUUGGACUACUUUGGAGAAUCGAAAUCUAAAACCGCCUGGGUGGGCUCUACAUUGCUCGGGAUGAGCAUGUUGAUGGGUCCACUGGUCAGUUUCUUGUUGCGGCGGUUCAGCUGUCGUCAGGUCACCAUAUUUGGAACGCUGUUAUCCACCAUCGGCUUCGUCACCAGCAUGUUCGCCCCCAACGUUGAAACACUCAUCAUCACGUACGGCGUCAUUGGGGGUAUCGGGUUUAGUAUGGUCUUCCUGCCAGCCAUAAUCAUUGUUGGACUAUAUUUCAAUAAAAGACGUGCCAUAGCAACGGGCAUAGCAACCAGUGGUUCCGGUGUUGGAACAUUCGCGUACGCGCAUAUAUGUGACAAUCUUCUUCAUGCAUUCGACUGGAGGGGGACAGUUCUCAUCUUGUCCGGCCUCGUUCUGAACUGUUUGGUAUGCGGCUUCCUGUUCCGGCCUUUUGUGGAACAGAAACUGCGCCAGAAGUUUGAGAGAGAUAACGACACGGGCGGAAGUAGUGGCUACGGAGGGUCCAGUGAAGAGAACGAGUGUGUCAAAUCUAAGGAGGAUAUAUACGAAUGUUUGAAACCCCUCCUCAGCAAGAAGUACCGUGAUACAAAGCCGGAUGUGUUACUACCCAUGGAUCCAUCCAACAUGAGACAGGAUACCGCAGCAAGGAUGACGAAGAGCGCCGAGAACAUCAGUCGUCUGCACGUUGCAGUUCCCCUACAGCGUUUACACAAAAGUACCCACAACAUCAUGAUGAAGAACUCGCUAGACGACCUACAGGUGGAGAAGAUCAAGCGAGGACUCUCCAAGCCGAUUCUGCGGAAGGAUAUCUUCUACUCGGGCAGCAUACGUCACCUACAGCAGUUCCAGCACUGUCGGACGUUGUCGCAGUUUCUGGCCGAGAUGACCCAGGAUAUGGACGUGGAGGAGAUAGAGAGUAUUGACGAGCGCUGCCGCUUCAAGAAGGGCUGGCUAGCUCGUCUGAAGUACACCCUGGGCACGGACCUGUUCAAGAAGCCGGUCUUCCUACUGCUCCUCAUCACCUUCACUAUGUGGACAGUGCAGUCCGUGCCGCUCACGUAUGUCCCCGACUACGCUGUCUCUAUCGGCCUGGACAGGUCCCAGGCUGCCUUCCUCAUCUCCAUCGUCGGCAUAUCCAACACCAUCGGCCGCAUCUUCGCCGGCUUCGUCACCGAUUUUUUCAACAUUCGCAGCAUCGUCAUCUACAUCUUCGCAUUACUCACGGCCUCUGCUGUCAACUUCGUCCUACCAUUUUGCAAUAGCUUUGCCCUUCUGGCCUGCUGUGCGGGCGUCUUCGGGCUUUGUAUGGCUGUGGCGGUAUCAAUGCGGACAAUCGUGCUGGCUGACAACCUCGGUAUUGAGUACCUUACGUCUUCCUUCGGACUGGUGGCGAUGUUCCAGGGCAUGGCCUUCACAGUCUUCCCUCCCAUAGGCGGUAAACUGUACGAUGUAACUGGGACGUUCAUGUCGCCGUUCCUGAUGGCAGGGGCCAUGUACGCCAUCUCCUUCAUCUCCACCUGCAUCGUCACCUUCCUCAGACGCGGCGGUCCAGUCAUCACCGUGGAGGAAGUGGAAAUCCCGGCGGAAGACAACGCCGCAUGAUCGGCUAUCAUCGUUGGAUUCCGUCAUUCACCUCCGGGAUGUGUUCCACGAAAAUCGUGGAGCGUUUUAACUUUGCCGUCUGCAAAGUAGACAACUGUGUGUUUUGAAUUGAUCAUUGGACAUAAGGGCGUUUUAUGUGUUGUGGCUCUAAUACAUUCUUGGACGCCACGUCUUCCACAGAAGGUCAAGGUUAUAAGGGUUUGCGACUGUGUCUGUUCUUAAGAAGACUGUGUUAGCGCAUUGCCGUGUUCAUCACGCGACUGUUAUGCAAAUGCGAUUGGACUUAGUUAUUUAAAGAUGAAAAACAUCCGUCCCAGCCACAUUCAAUCGGUGAGCGUGACAUCACAUACUUAUCUCGGAGCAUGCAAACUAUCGUCUCAGAAUGCAUGUCGCUCGGAUGACAGUUGCCAUGGUUCACGGAUCACGUGACUUGGUACUGCCAUUCAUGUGGGUCAAAGAGUCACUAUUGUCAGGUUUCCUGUCGGAGUCAGCACGCCCAAGGGACCCAAUCCACAAAGCGAGUGUAACAUUACGACCUGUCACAACUCUACAGAGAGCUCCGGAUACAAGGUGUCUGGUAUAGCGAGGGUGUACUGUAGCGAAACUAUAAUGUCAGCCACGUUUAACCAAUAUUCCAAAGACCGGAAUACUAAGGUUUCGCAAUCAUUUGGAUUGAGGAGGUAUCUGUGUCCUGUAACAGUAUUUUAACAUGUGUCUUCCUUCAGAACGGGUCUCAUGAAGGCCAUGGGAGUACAUUUGUCAUUGCCAUCUUUAAGAGCCUGCUGAGAAAACUAUCUGUCUCCAUGUCCUACUAUAUUUCCUAAUGUGCCCAUCAUCUGUGAACUGUUCUAGUAACACAUAUAUAAUCAGUUUAGAACUCCAUAUCUAUCAUAUCUAAGGGAUUGGGUGGUCAGGCUUGCUGACUUGGUUGACUCAUGUCAUCGUAUCCCAAAUUGCGGACAUCGGUACUCAUGAUGUUGAUCACUGGAUUGUCUGGUCCAGACUCGCCAUAUUACAGCCCACCGCCAUAUAGCUGCAAUAUUUCUGAGUGCGGCGUAAAAAUAAACUCACUCACUCAUAUAUAAUGGCCUCUGAGCGUGCGCACUCUUACAUCACUGAGCGUGACAAUUGUCUGGGGUUGCCAUUUUGCAGGUGUUGAUUUUGACCUCCAUGUGGAGAUUUGGACCUUCAUUUUGCAGAUUGGGACCUUCGUUUCGUAGUUGGGGAGUCUGGGACCCCCGUUUUGUAGAUUUCGACCCUUAUUUUACCCACCGAACGCUCCCUCCCAUCUCCCACUUUGAAAAAAAUAACCAGGUGAAUAUUAGUUGUUUGACCGCAUGUACCAACACUUGUUGUGGGGAUCUAGUUUUUGAAGUGUUUAUACACAUAAGGUUUUCAUGUUAUUCUGUUUUGUACCUUAUUUCUGUGAUAAUAUGAGAAUGAAAAGUUAAGUCUGUAUCUAUGCAAAGUGAGACUGGAUAAGUGAGUGAUCGAGUGAAAUGGGUUUAAAGUCGCUUUGAACUGGGUGUCAUCUCGGCGUGUCUGCUAAAUGUGGGAAGAAAUCCCGAAGGCCUGCAGGACUUUGACAUAUUGUUGGUAAUAGGCAAAACGUCUGAUAAGUGUAACUCUGAAGUGUGUGUGAUUUUUUCUGAAUAAAACAAUUAAACAAUU